CACACCAUGAAGAGAACACACCAAUUCAAGCCAUUCAGCAGAGCAAAUAAUACCCAAAAUUUCACAGCAAAAUUUUCACUUGCAAAAACCUUUCUUAGGCUUCAAGUUACCGGCUGAGUAAUGGCCGCCACUCAGCAAUUCCUCAGGCGGUCUCUUUUCUGCUUGUUCAUUUUUUUGUUCCUCUCUCAUAUGGGAUCUUCUUUAACCGAGUCAGAAGCAUUGCUUAAGCUCAAAAGUUCGUUUACAAAAGCCAGUGCUCUAAAUUCUUGGGUGAAUGGCUCAUUGCCUUGUGAGGGAGAAGUUGGGUGGGAUGGACUGGUUUGUUCCAAUGGCAUUGUCACCGAUAUUCGCCUUGGAGGUUUUGGUUUAUCAGGAAAGAUAGAUGUUGAUGCCUUGCUUGAACUUUCUGAUCUCCGAAGUAUUAGCAUUAUGAGCAAUAAUUUUUCAGGUUCAAUACCCGCAUUCAACCGGUUAGGUUCAUUGAGGGCUAUAUACUUGUCAAGGAAUCGAUUUUCGGGUGAAAUUCCAUCGGAUUAUUUUGCAAAUAUGGGGUCUUUGAAGAAAGUUUAUCUUUCUAGUAACAUGUUUACAGGCAAAAUACCUUCUUCAUUAGCUCAAAUUCCCCGUCUUGGUGAAUUGCUUCUUGAUAACAAUCAAUUUAGUGGAACUAUUCCUUCUAUAGAUCAACCAACAUUGGCAUCACUCGAUGUUGCAAACAACAAGUUAGAAGGCGAAAUUCCAUCCAGCUUAACGAAAUUCAAUGCAAGUACAUUCAAGGGAAAUGGUGACCUUUGUGGGGAACCGUUGGGCAAUGAGUGUAAAGAGGCAGCAGCUGGGCCAGCAGGAUCAAAAAACACAAGCAUUUCAAAAAAUAUGAUUAUUGCAAUUGUAGUUGCAGCGGUGGUGCUUCUUAUGAUUAUCGUUGUGAUUAUUGUAAGAUCAAGAAGAAAAAAGAGAGAUGAAUUUGAUGUGCUUGAACAUGAAAAGAGAAAUUCUGAGGAACAUGUUGUAGAGGUGCGGGUGUCUCAGUCCGGGUCUAGUAGAAAAGAAGCCGAUUCAAUCCAUAGGAAGGGCAGUAGCUCAAGCCGUAGGGGAUCUAAUAAGGGCAAAGGCAAUAUGGCGGUAGAUUUAGUAGUGGUGAAUAAUGAAAAGGGCGUUUUUGGGUUGUCAGAUCUGAUGAGGGCAUCUGCAGAAGUGCUUGGAAAUGGGUCUUCGGGGUCUGCAUACAAGGCUGUGAUGGCUAAUGGGGUGGCAGUGGUAGUGAAGAGAAUGAGAGAGAUGAAUGCACUGGGAAGAGAUCAAUUUGAUGCAGAAAUAAGGCAAAUUGCGAGUCUUCAACACUGGAAUAUCUUGACACCUUUGGCUUACCAUUUCCGGAAAGAUGAGAAGCUUUUGGUAUAUGAGUACAUUCCCAAAGGCAGCUUGCUUUAUCUAUUGCAUGGUGAUCGUGGACCAUCACAUGCUGAACUCAAUUGGCCUACACGUCUAAAGAUUGUUCAAGGAAUUGCCCAAGGGAUGGGUUAUAUUCACACUGAACUUGCUUACUCCAGUAUACCCCAUGGAAAUCUCAAAUCCAGCAAUAUUCUUCUCACUCCUGACUUUGACCCCUUACUCAUAGACUAUGGAUUCUUCCCGUUGAUCAAUCCUUUGGAUGCAGCACAAGCAUUGUUUGCAUUUAAGGCGCCCGAGGCAGCAAUCUUUGGCCUAAUAUCUCCUAAAUGUGAUGUAUACAGUCUAGGAAUUGUCAUUCUUGAAAUCCUUACUGGGAAAUAUCCUUCUCAAUAUCUAAACAGCAACAAAGGUGGCACAGACGUAGUCGAAUGGGUGAACUCAGCUAUUGCUGAUCAUAGACAAUCUGAAUUGUUUGAUCCCGAAAUUGCAAGCUCUAGAAAUUCAAUUGGUGAGAUGAAAAAGCUUCUCCACAUUGGUGCAGCUUGCACUGAAAGUGAUCCCGAGCAAAGACUAGACAUGAUGGAAGCCAUUAGAAGGAUAGAGGAAGUGCAAGUAGAGGGAGACCAAGAGGAUAGAACAAUGUAUGUCACACCAUCUCUUCGAGACAGCUAUGAAGAUUCUUUUCCACAGAUAACUUUUGAAGCAAGAAAUUCAUAUGACGGCCUUGGAGGGCUAUCUAGGACGAGACAUGAAUCACACAGCUUUGCAAGCCAAUCAUCAGGGCGUCCAAGUACUGAUGAUAAUUUUGUCUUUGCCAUCCCAUAAUAAAUGUAAAGAAGUUUUUAUUUUCUUUUGAUUAAGGAAUUCUCUGUAUUCAACUUAAUAGGGAAAUAAGUUAAAUUGAGUGGCC